AUGGUUCUGGAGGAUUUUGAGAGCUCUUUUGAGCGGCAAUUGGAUCUGACUGAUCGGGAACGAGUUGGAGUGGUGAUUGGCAGUGCGGCAGUAUCGGACCGCUUUGUUGGUUUUCCAUAUAGUCUGGUGGCUAAAAUUGUAUCGCAGCAAGAAGUUCAUCGUGAUAAUUUUAUUAAGACUUUUACUAGCCUGUGGAAAGGAUCUGACGAGGUUUCGAUCAAGGAGAUAGCCCACAAUCGAUUUUGGGUUCGAUUUGUUUGUGAUCGGGACCGCCAAAGGGUUCUUGACAUGGAGCCUUGGACGUUUCGUAGGUCAUUGAUUUUAUUGGCUGCAGUGGCUGAGGAGGACUGUAUUCAUACGAUGGCGCUUACCCAUGGCACCUUCUGGCUCCAGAUACAUGGGGUCCCAGGUUUCUGUAUGACGGUGGCUGUUGCCAAUGCUAUUGGAUCGACGGUGGGUGAGGUACUACGGGUGGAUAAUAGGGAUGGGCAAGACUGUAUUGGUCAUUUUAUUCGUGUCCGGGUUCGAUUUGAUGUUCGUCUGCCUUUGAUGAGAAGGACCCCCCGUCACUUUUCCGGAAUUGGGGGAGAAGAUCAUAGAAAACAUGAGGCUCUAAGAGGCAAACUCAACCCUAAGGACCUUGCUAUUUUCACCUCUGCUUUUGAGGGUCUAGAAGGUGUCAUCAAUUUGUGGGGGAAACCGAUUGGGUCGUCGGCAAGGCGUCUUUCCUCUCAACAGCAUGGCUCGUCAUAUACGGAGAGAAAGAAUGGUGGGGAAGUGUCCGGUGGGCACUCUUGGCGUGCGUCUCGUCAUGACUCUGAGGAAGCCAUCGACACGGCCUCCUCUCCUUUUAAACUACGUCAACGGCGAGAGGCUUUCCCAUCCAGCCCGGGGAUAGCUCCCACGACUGGAGGUCGUUCAACAGAUGAUGAUGGGAUAUGGGGUAUCUCCCCUUCUGUUGCUGGCGUGAUAGAUAUCGGUUUGGUGCAGAAUGUCAACCUGGGUGUCAAGGGUACCCCUUCAGCAGUUGAUCAGCGGGGCACAGGUACGGUGGCCCAUGUGGCAGGCAUACCUUCUGUUUCAAUGGAUCCCUCUCGGACUGUACAAGCUUCUGCUGCCCCCGUUGGGGGAGACACGAAUGCGGUCAUUGCACAAACUAGUGACCCUUUUAACUUUAUGCCUAUAAUUGAGAAAACAGCACGUAAGGUUACGGGUCGCGGACGUGGGAGGCCAAGGCGGGUGACAGAGCCCAGCGGGUCUGGUAUACAAGGGGUCUCUACGCCUCAUCUAAAAAGAAAGCAUAUGGCAGAUCAUAUGGGGGUGGACGGUAGCGAGCAGGAAGUUAAUGGUGCUCUCGGAAAACGACGGCUAUGUGAUAAUAUGCCUAUUAUACAGGCGGAGGAGACCAGCCUUGAGGGGUCUCCCCGGUCUCAAUGUUAG